GCAUCACGGCAGAUGUGGGGCGUGUGUACACAGGAAUUUCCUGUUUUUGAAAUAGGGGUGGUCACGUGACCAGGAAGUUGCGAUUUUAGAUUUCCGCUGAACCACGCGGGCGUCGGCCAUUAAAAACAUAAUUCAAGAUGGCGGCACACAUCGCAGCUCCGUGAAGACAGCUGCAGCCACCGUUGUGGGACUUUGGGAAGCAUUGUCUUUUUACCUCUCUCUACCGUUCAAUUUCAAUAAAUGACGUUCGGAGGCAGAUGUUCACCCUGGCUCUGAGGGUUUAUUGGCAACGCGAGGUUAUCUACUCAGCUAGCUCUGCAACGCAACGCAGAGCGAGGCCGAGAUAGUAAAAAGACAUUCUUCUUGGAGCUAGUCAGCCUGCAGCAAGCAAAAGAGCUCUCAAGCAGUCAGCCUGCAGCAAGCAAGGAGCUCUGCAACGAGUCUACAUUAAAAAUUGUGUUGCAAGCAUCUCAGCAUGGAAAGCCACAGUUCAGCAGGGAGAGAUGCUGAAGAAGGUGAUUUAGGCAAUCCAGGACCUCCCAUCCAGCCACAAGAGGACCAAGGAAGUUCAAGGCCCCAAAGAGAGGUCAGGCUGACACAACGGGCCUUGGAAAGCUAUGAUGCUGAGAAGCAAGACCUUGAUGCCAGGAUACAAAGGGCAUGGGACCGGGUUGAAGCUGAUAUAUCUGAAGCUGCCAAUGCCUCAGACACAGUGGCCUCAAUUCACCGGGCCAUCCAGCGAGUGAAGGUGAGCAGCUCAAGCUACAAGCUCCUGGCAAAUAAAUACAUCUCCCUCCUGAUGAAGAUGAAAACAGAUGAGGGCCUUGAGGGAGUGCGCACGCAGGAGAACUUCCUCGAACUGCUCGAUGAUAAUGUACAGGCAGUGAUACAAGAUGCAAUAGACCGUGUGGAGGGCUUAAGAGAGACCCGAUCUCAGCACUCUGUCUCAUCCAGGUCCACCACAAGAUCUAAAGGCUCAGCACACUCAAAGACAUCAUCUACUAGUAUGGCAGCAGCUCAGGCACGCGCAGCAGCAGAAGCAGCAAAUGCCCGUAUUGCCUACAUGGCUGAAGAGGAAGCCAUGCUAAUUGAAAAGGCCCGCAUACAAGAAGAAGCAAACAUAGCAACUGCUGCCGCAUGGAGGAAAGCAUAGCACGCAGAGCAAGAAAGUAUAUUAGCAACUGCUGCCGCACGAGAGCAAGAGAGUAUAUUAGUGGCUACUGCCACACGGAAGAAAAUUGAGCUGGAUGCUAAGUUAAGUACCCUACAGCUCAAAAAAGAAGCAGCUGCUGCAAGGGCCCAAGCAGAGGUGCUCCAAGCAGCAGCCAAUCUGGAUAAGGAAGAGAAUUGGAGUGAGUUUGGCACUCAGAUACCUGUAAAGGACCGUGAUCAACUCACCAGAAAAAAUAUUUUGGACUGGUCUGAACAAUGCAUCAAUGCUCCUCCACCAAACGAUACUGAACAAAUGGUGGACGUUCAGGCAUCGCCAUCUCCACACCGAAUGAACAUGAAUGCUGUCUACGGGAAUGGUGGAAAUGCAUAUCCUGCCCUGGCAGCUAGUCGUCGACUCAGCGUCGCACAUGUGGGAUCAGAAAUGGAUGCAUCAUGUCAGACCCACAUUCCAGACAGUCACAUAAGGGGAUCAAACCAACGUGAUCGAAACCUUUUGGGCCCACAAUCCAACACCAUCGCGAAUGACGGCAUGCAAGGGAAUGCAGCCAAUAAUGGCACCUCAUAAGCGCCAGUAUGGACACACCCUGGAUCAGCAGGAUUAGGGGACUUUGCUAGGUACCUGGCUCACCGCGAACUAAUCAACACAGGACUCGUUAAGUUUGAUGACCACUCUGAGAGCUAUUGAGCCUGGAGAUCUACCUUCAGGAAUGCAAUCCGAAAUGCAGACAUCUCUGCAAGUGAAGAACUCGACCUGUUGGUGAAAUGGUUAGGAAACGAAUCUACAGAGUACGCAAAGAGGAUCCGGGCAGCAAACAUUGACGACCCCGCCUCAAGCCUGCAUGCAGUGUGGGAGAGGCUCGAGGAGUGCUACGGUAGCCCAGAAACUAUUGAGAAGGCUCUCUUCAAGAAGUUGCAGAACUUUCCAAAAAUAUCUGGUAGGGACAAUACAAGGUUAUGAGAGCUUGGAGAUAUUUUGAUGGAGCUUGAAUCAGCCCAGGCUGACCCCUAUUUACCAGGUCUCAUUUUCUUGAAUACCUACCAUGGCGUGAACCCCAUAGUAGAGAAAUUGCCAUUCGACGUGAAGGAAAAAUGGAGAACAGCAGGUUCAAGAUACAAGUCAGAGCAUCAGGUUGCAUUCCCCCCAUUCUCUUUUUUCUCAAAGUUUAUCCGCAACCUGGCUAAGACCAGAAAUGACCCGAGUUUCAUGUUUGGCACCACGGGGAUUUCCAGUCCAGAUCUCCCAAAAAUGGAAAGAGCAAUGGCGAAACGAGGAACAGCGAGAGUGCCAAUUUCUGUACACAAGACUGAGGUCUCUCCUACGACAUUCGCAAACUCCGUCCAGACAAC